GCUUGCUCCCGAUCCACGAGGGCGCACGUUUUCCUCCUGAGAGGAUCGCGCGACCGGACCGCUCUCGCGCGUCGAGCCUCGCUCGAGGACGCUCGAGGACCGCAGCAGCGUGCGGAUCUCGGAAAGCCGCAUUAAUGCACACGCUGUGGCACGCGUCGUCUCGUACCUACAUAACGCAAUACAUCGGUGGCAAAAUGACUCCGAAAGGGGUUGGCGCGGUGCAUUCGCGGGACACGUGUCGUUUAAAGAUCCAAUAAUCCGAACAAGGUGGUCCUCUGUCUUUCAUUCUGUUAAUAUCUAUCGUCAAAGAAAAGAGUGCGGUACGACAAAGAAAUUCGAAGGCAAACCUAACAAUUUCAACAGUAGAGAUUUUUACCGUCAGAUACCGGUAUUCGCUAUCAAAAAGAACCAAGGUGCGACGCACGGAAGAUUCUCUCUCAACGAUGAUAAUCGCAAUACGGAGUGACAGCUUUCGCAGCAUCCACUCCAUACGCGACGACCGUUAAUUGACUCGGUGAGGCGCGAGCGAUAGUUUAAUAGCCGCGCAUUCGCGCGCGAACAGAGGCUAUCGCGAUGAGAAGGGGCGAAGGGAGAGAAAAGAGAGAGGAUCCCACAUGAGAAGAGGAGCAUCUACGGCGAGGGAUGACGACGUGUCUACGUGGGGUGCCGAGAAGCGAUGGUGGGGCUAGAUGGUGAGGCAAAGCGGCAACGGACGACGCGAGUUAUGGUGGCGAACGACGCCGAUGGAUGGUGGGGUUGAAAAGCGGCGCGGCCAGUUACGGUCGUACGGGAUAAGCCCAUCGUGCACUUGCGAUCAGUCGGGAGGGCGCGGAAAGUAGAUUCGACGAGGAUACCGGAACGGUCGUGUCGGAAGAACCGGAAGAACUCGCCGAGACGAUGGCGCGCCGCUCUUGGCGGGAUGCCGCGAAGACACCAAACGCGAGUACGGCGAUACGAGUGGUCGAGGCCAACGAUAUCUCUCUCCGUGACGGAUAGAGGGAAUUCGAUUAACGAACUUGGAUCUCCGUCGACGAAUUCUGCGAGCCACCUUUCGCCAAGAAACGAGGAAAGAUCGCUCGUACGUCGAUCGAACGGUGAGGAGGCCCCUUAAACGAAAAGUUUCGGAAAGUCUCGCGUGUAAUUGAAAGGGGGAUUCGUGUUUAUCCCAGUUUGAGAAACUCGGGUUGGGAUGCUGCCGCUUCCGCCGAGUGGAGUUGCCGAAGAUCUUUUUGCGGAGAACCGGAUCUGGCGAGGAUAAACUUCCUCGUGGGAGGAGAUUACGCCGGCUGAAUGGGGAAUCUUCUCCUUACGAAAAGGCUCGCUGCUCUCGGGAACGCACGACUGCUCGGUGGAAACUUUUCGCUGGCCGCGAAUGUAAAAAUCACGAGGAUACGCACGAGCCGAAGCGUAAAGUGUCGCUCCGGUGAUUUGUUUUUCGUCCGACGAUCGAAUAACAUGGGGAACGGUCGCGUAGCCGAAUCGUGAACAACAUCGGCGUGACAGAGUGAUAUCGAAAAUGAGUUCUCUACGACGGACGAUCAAUCAAUCGGCGAAGGAGGGCUCGUCCAUGCGAAGACACGCGCUCUCCGGUCCCACUACGAAGAGCAUGAAAAACGUCGCUAAUGCAAACGCGCUGCCCGCUUCGCCGAUGCGAUACAGGACCAAGUACGAGCUGCGAAGCAUCAGUUUGGAGGGCAACAAGGUGCUACCAUGGACCGCAAGAUCCACCACAGACACCAUAGCGAGGCGAGGCGUCCUGGCGAGACACCAUUACGGCAGUGUUGAAAUGCUGCCGCAGAUCGAGCAGGACGGAGCCGACAAUGGCAGAAGAUUUCGAGUGGAGAACGGAGACUCUCUCGGGGAAAAAGAAGAGAUGUUCGGUUCGCCGAGUACGCCGAUAUUAGAAAAUCCGGAGUACCAAACGCGCUGGUAUUUUAAAUACUUCUUGGGCAAACUGCACCAAAAUUAUAUCGCUUCUGACCAGGAGAGGAAUCCUCUCUUUCUCUCGGUAGUCACGAGCGAAGUCGGUGAUCAAUGCGUACCGCACUACAGAGUUAUUCUAUGGAGGCGAACCGGCGCGCAGAAAAUAUCGCUGCCGUAUUCGGCGAACAAAACAUUGACUAUCAGACAAAUUCUCAGCAACUUCUUCAGUCUGGAAAAACUCGACAAGGCGCCGCGAGAAGUUUUCACACCCGAGCUGCAAAAGGAUCUGUUACUGUUGGAGGAACAAGAAGGCUCGGUGAACUUCAAGUUCGGUGUAAUCUACGCGAGAGAGGGUCAGACCACCGACGACGAGAUGUUGUCUAAUGAAAGAGGUAGCCCAGGCUUCGAGAGCUUCCUGGAGAUCCUAGGUGAGAGGAUACGGCUCAAAGGUUGGGACAAAUAUAGGGGCGGCUUGGAUGUGAAAGGGGAUAUGACGGGCAAGGAAAGUUAUUACACGGUUUAUGCGGGUCACGAAGUUAUGUAUCAUGUUAGUACGAUGCUACCGUAUUCGAAAGACAAUCCGCAGCAGCUCGAAAGAAAAAGACACAUCGGCAAUGACAUUGUUAACAUCAUUUACACGGACGAUCCAUCAGCCAUUGAUACUUUCAAUCCGAACUGCAUAAGAAGUCAAUUUACCCACGUGUUUGCCGUGGUAACGACCGAGGCGGACGGCAAGGGUUGGCGGGUCGCUAUUUAUUGCGACGAGAACGUACCUCUAUUUGGACCGAGCCUUCCCUGUCCGCCGGUUUUCGAGGAUCCGUAUAAUCUCAGGGAAUUUCUCCUUGUUAAGUUGAUCAAUGGCGAGAAAGCUACAUUUGACACUCCAACAUUCUCCAAGAAGAGGGAAAGAACCCUCGACACCCUAUUGCGGGACAUGUACCAGGAACAUUCGCAAGACAGCAAGAGCAACAGCAUGCUAAAUCGCCGAGCACUCUCGGAUGUCGUGGAGGCACCGGGUCGACGGCGAGAAGAGACGCGCGCCGUCGAGAUGGUGCGAGUCGGACAAGCCUUGAAGUUGGAAGCUAUCAUGCGUGGCCUCGCACCCACUUCUCUCGCCACCGUCGGUCCUCUAAAGCCCAGGCCAUGGGAACCGAGAUGCAUCUAUCCUGACUUUCCCAACGAAGUUGUCUGCGGUGACGUCUGGCUGGAGAACAGGCUGAUCCUCGCCUCGGAAAACGGAACGUUUCUCAUCGAAGACGGGCUUUCGCACAGAAUGCUCUUCGACGAGUCGGUGCAGAUCAAGCAGUUAGACGUGGUCGAGCAACACGGUAUACUCCUGUUCCGCGCCGGCGACAAAGGCAAGGAGAGCGUUUACGUUUUCCGGCUGCGAGAGUUCGAGAGCGAUGCGUCCGUGAGAUGCGCCGAGUUGUUCAACGAUCGUGAGAACGACGACCGGGAGAGGGAGGAGGAGGACGUCGACGAAGACGUCGAGGACGAGGACGAUGAUUGCGACGAGGACGACGCUGACGAGUGCGACAACGCGUUCGCACGUGCUACCGCCAAGUUUCAGCCGGUGACGCGUUCGCGAACACGAAUGCGCGUUCGCGCCCUAGCCGUUCGGAAUCGAGCGCAUAUCAAGGAGAGGAAACUGCGGCGUACACGGGGAUGUCAAUUGUACAGCAUCACGAGACCCGGAGGCUCGCACUUGCGCAUGUGCGUGGUCGUUGGCCGCCGACUCACGGUCCUCCAGUGGAAGCACAACGCAGCCUGGACCAUCUGGUGCUCGUCAGCCGACACCGACACCGUCGACGGUUUUCUACUACUGAAGGAAUUCACCGCGAGCGAAACACCAUCGUUAGUAACGAUGAUCGAGAGCGCCGAUCCGGCGAACGAGUGGACACUGUGCUGCGGCGCCCGUCAUCACUUCGAAUUGAUCUCCGCUUCCGGUACUUCGAGGAUAGUCCACAUGGAAGCAACGCCUAAGCCACACCUGGUGGCGGCGUUGGAUCUUCGUGAGGACGAGGAGCCGGAACUGAUACUUUGUUACAAUAAUACGUGCCACUUUCAAAAGCUGGCAGAAGAGAACGCUGCGCCAACCGAAUUCGAUUUUAAUUGGAAUUCGAUGCCGACAGCCGUAGCCUGUGCCUUCCCAUAUGUGAUCGCCUUCACUAACGACACGAUGGAGAUUCGAUUGAUAAUAAACGGCAACCUCGUUCACACGAUCGCCAUGCCCAAUCUUAACUUGAUCACCUCGAAGCGAGACAUCUUCUUCGCGACCACGGCGCCGGAAUUUUUCCCAGGAAAAUGCGAGCGAAUUCGAUUGGAUUCGAAACCUCUCGAGAAGGAAGAAAUGCCCUGCAGCCCACCGCCGUCUUCGUCCUCCUCUCGAUCGAGUGUUCCAAACAGUCAAGGCGACUGGAAGCCGAUAAGGAUCUACCGGAUACCGCUGCAGACCCUGUCGAGAAGCACGGCGUCCAACUGCAGUCAGAGGAGGUGUCCGAGUCCCGCGGAGCCGGAAAUCGUCUCCGCGCCACCGACCUCCGACAGAACCUUCCUGACCGUCGAACCUCAACGUGUAGUGAGCAGGUCCUGCAGCAGCAGUCCUACACCCACACCAACCACGAAUUUGCCGUCGCAAAUGCCAUCGCCAUGCAAAAAAUAGACGCCGUAGUUGUUGGUGCUUUGCCACAGUCGAUUGCAUUAAUUGUGAUCUCUUAACAGGAUCGAUCACGUAAAAGUAAAAGAAAAAAAAAAGAAACCGAUCGCACGUACCUGAUUUCUCGUCCUCGUACGAGAGAACACAUGGAAAUCUUUGUCAUUGUUAUGCUAUUAGCGUGCGUCGCGCUGCACGUAUAUCUUGAAUGUAAGCGCGACCGCGCGUAAAAGUUAUUGUUCGGAUAGAUUUUGACGAGGGCACAAUAGUGUCUUAAUUACGGAGAGACCUGCUAUAUAAUUAUCACUUUUUCUUCGCUUCUUAUGUCUUUAUUUCCACAUAUUCUACUACUGUUACUUUAAUAAUUCUCUGUUGCGGCACACAUGGCAUUUUCUGUUUGUUCCAAUUUUAUGUAAUGCACAUUAAAAAAACAUUGCGUUAGAAUUCAGAUUUUUUUUAAGUGAGACAAUUGCAAAUAUUUCGAUAAUAAAUUGCGUUCUACGGUAAUCCUCCCAUUCCUCCUAUAUAUGUAUCUCUUUUAAUAUUUUUUUUUUUAUAUAGUACGAUGCAAAAUUUCGUAAAAAUAUUUCGCUUUAAGAGACAUCGCUCUUCUCUAUUAAGUUAAACCGAUUUUACCUCGCGUCGUCCGUAAUUAAAGCAUCGUGGCGCGAUAAGGACGAUAUUUUGGACACUGGUCUGCUUUGGGAUUUUUUCCAAGUGACGUUGUAUAUCUUAGCUUCUCACUGUUUCGAAACCAAUCUUAAACAAUAAGAUUCAGGCUAAUGACCGUGAUAAUGGUCGACGGUCGAAAAUAUUUUUGACGAUUCUACUUGACCGUGGAACAAACGCGUAGGCAGUUAUAAUACGUAGGAAAAAGGGCAUUUUUGGGAUGCGCGUUAGCCGGAUGAAUCACGCGUUUCUUCGAAAGUAGAAUAGAGGCAUGCGAAGAAUGUCGGAGAUGAUCGUGCAUGGUCGAUCGAUCCCCCGAUGAUUAAUACCGUCGGGCUACGCCGCAUCCGGACUUAUUUUUAUUUAAGAAAAGAUAUAUAACACAUUAUUCCGACGUGAAUGUCGAUGUUUACGCGUCAUGUGUAUAUAAUACAAAGUAACGAAUAAAGUAUAUAUGUUACCGUUGCAUUUCCACCGAAAACGAUGAAGCGAUAUUUUUUUCAAUUCUUCUCGCGCUUUCUCUCUCCGUCCCUUCGAUCGUUACUCCAAUCUAUAAUUUUAAGAUAAUACCUAUUCAAUAUACGAUAAAUUUAUUUGUUUUAUGUAUAUUUUAAAUGUACGUCUCGCUACAUACAAUCUAUUGUGUCAACCGAGUAAAUCAUUCUUUCUUAAAAUAAAUUUCAUAGAACCGCGCAUUUUUGUCGUUACAUCUAGAUUCGAUAACGAUAAGUGAUUUACUUGGAACUUGGUAUAUAUCGCAUCUCGUACUUCUGUCAAGGUCUACGAUAAACAUGAAGAAUUAAAUUUGCAAGAGAAACACGAA